AAAGUUGAUCGCUGGUUCGUCAAUCUGCGAGCGAACUCUUGGCAAGCGCCGCGGAGUUCCCGGCCCCGGGGGCUGCCAAGUGCGUCAGGAGUGACUGUUCUUCCACCCAGUUUCCCCUUUCCCGCUCCCAGACGGGCCGCUCCCGGUGCCGAUACCAUGUCUGCUCCGAGUGGCAACCCUGCCCCAUCUGCACCACCUUCUUACGAGGAAACUGUAGGAAUCAAUAUGAACUACCCUCAGCCCUAUCCUGUUCCCGGCCCUGGAGAGAAGCCAGAUAUGAAGGGAAUGAACCCUCCCCCAUACAUGGGACAGGCUGCACCAGCAAACAACCCCAUUAGAGUUCAGACGGUGUAUGUGCAGCAACCAGUGGUGUUUUAUGACCACCCAGUUCAGAUGUGCUGCCCUUCCUGUAACCAGAUGAUAGUGACUCGUCUCUCCUACGAGGCAGGAGCUUUGACUUGGCUGUCGUGUGGUGGCCUCUGCCUGCUGGGGUGUAUAGGAGGCUGCUGCUUGUUCCCCUUCUGCAUUAACGCCCUCAAGGAUGUGGAUCACACCUGUCCAAACUGCAAUACUCUUCUUGGUUGUUACAAACGUUUCUAGGCAGUGUCUAAACAUUGAUUGAUGAAGCUGGUUAGCACCUCUGCCAGCCCUCUCUGAAGCUUCAUGGAGACUGCUCGUUUCUGUGCAUCUUGUCCCUGGAAACCAAUAAAAAGUAAUGUUUCUUGCUAGGUUGUUUGAAUACAAAUUUGCCUGAGGGGAUUUUCACUGUAAAAAAUCUACAUAAUCUGUAUGGGCCACUCAGUGCAGCAGCAGCUGAGAGCAAUGGAAUGUGUCCCUUUUUGCUUUAUGCAAAACAGGUUGGUGAUGUUCUGCAGUUAAUCUUAUCUCAAUCAUGUUGCAAGUUGUGCUUGCUGCAGUCUCAGCACAGACCGAGAGGAGGAUGCCUGUGGAGAACUCUUUAGGCUCAUGCUUGGUGUCAGUGCUUUGGCAACAGCACUGUUUACAAACUGGCAGGGAGUUGCCUCAGAGACAGGUGCCCUUCUUUGACAAAAGAAAUGAUUUGUUGGCAUCUUUUCGUGAGCACUAGAAUUCACUUUAAAACUUGGAAGAGAACCAAACCUAAAGGCUUUUUCCUUCCUGGAGGUUGCUUUACCAAAAGGACAACUCAGGUUAUUGUGCAUCAGUGGUGAUUGAAUCCAGUAUCUGAAUUUUCUUGCCAAUUUCAAGUCUCUAAUCUGCAGUGAAGGUGUUCACACAGGAAUUUUUAAUAGAUACUUGUCCAGUGUUUGGCUGGAGUUUUUUUCACUGCUGACUGCAAAUCUGUGAAGUGUUCUCUUCAGCCCAGAGAGCCUUGGUUACAGCAUUGGAAAAGUUCCUUGUAUAUUUAUAUAACUCAGCUGAUAGAUCAUGCACAAGCCUCAGCCUUUUCUUAAGGCUUGAAUUCUGCCUGAAAAACAUAGAUAAAGGACCUGGGCUUCUAAUUGUUGAUCUGCUUGUUAAUUACUAUUUCUUUAUUAAGAAGGCAAAGUGUUUGUUAAGGAGUUUCUCUGACUUGUACUAUGAUUUUUUUCAAAUGAAAUAAAAGCUAAAUUUUGUUUUCGGAUAUGCUUAUUUAAGACAAUGAUCACAAAAAAUUAGGGAAUGAGGCUCUGAAGGUUGAAGUAAUUUCUGUGUCAUAAGCAGCAGCCUCGAUGCAUUGGAAUGAUACCUGUCCAGAAAAGGCAGACAGGUGUUUAAACAAGGCUAUGAUGGCAACACUGUGUUAUCCUCUGUAAAAAUGAAAAGCUAAAAUAAAUACAAAUAAAAAAUACUGCAUUUACUGUUCUUGCCAAAUGUGCCUUUUGUAAAUAGCUGCUAUAAGUUAGUUUUGCAAAAGUCUUUCAACACUUCAGGUUUGAAAUCCAGUAAUUUUGUAGAUCACAUAGAGCCUCUAGGCCUCCUGUUAAUUAGGUUUUGUAAACUGCUGCUGCUUGUGAGUCAGUCUGCAAGUGGUUUAAGAGCUUCCUUGUGCAUUUGGAAAAGGUUUCUGGUCUCCCCAUACCAUAAGAAUUUACAUCAGUAGCUGCUACUGUCAAGAGAAUGAUGGAGAUAGAGCUGGUAGUUUUGUAGCUUUCCACGUUGAUGUUGCAGUACCAGCACGUAGCUUUUGUCUGCUGGUGCUCCACCAAGUGCUCUCUGUGUUCUUGAAGGGCCUGGAUGAUUUUCUGUUCUGGUGACAUCAGCAAGACAUAAGAGUGUUACUGGAAAGCAGCACAACCCCAGGGGGUGUCACAGAACAUGUGCUACUUACUCAUCAGUUUAUCAUCAGGGCAAGGCAGGAGGAAGCAAGAAAGAUUGCAGAGUUCCCAAACUUGGUAUUUGCUUGCAUGGUGGGGAGGAUUUUUAGUUCUGUUAGUCAGUCUGGCCUGGGUAAUCCUCCCAUACAUUAAUUUGGUGAGUAAGUUUUCCAGUUGUUAUUCUCUUAACUCCCCUUUUCUCUCUAGAGUGAUGGUUGGAAAAUCUGAGGUGGUGGCACCAGAAUAUGGAACACUGACCAAAACAAAAGUGUUUCCUUUGUUUUAUGUGCUCAGUCCAUUGCUUCUCUUUAAGUUCAUUUUAUGGAUUGAGAGUAGGACAUACAAUGUUGGCAGCUCUUCAGUCUAGUUCAGCAUUCUGCAAAACUUUCUGCUGCCCCUUCUGUACUUAAAUUUCCUUUAAGGCAAAGCCUGUGUUUGUUCUCUUGUGUAUGGAAUUAUCUACAGAAUGCACCACUUUGUUAAACUUAUCUUGGAAAAACAAAUGCAGGAUAUAACUUGCCUUGUGUGAAAGCACUUUGUGUUUAUUAUGUUGAAAUUAUUGUUUGGGUUUGGUUUGUGUUUUUUUUUUAACUGACUCUUUUUAAAAUAAAAACUUUGUCUUUCCUAUCUA